ACAGCUGAGUUUGUUUAUUUUGGUAUUGUGUUGGAAAAAUUGAAAUAUGUCGAGUGAGGAAAAGAAAAAAAGAGGCAAAAAUUUUACGGCGGAGGAGGAACAAGUGCUCAUGGAACUCCUCGAUGAAAGAAAGAAUAUAUUGGAAAACAAAAAGUCGGAUGCGGCUACGUGGAAGCAGAAGGAGCAGGCCUGGGAGGAAAUGGCAGACACCUUUUAUACCAGAACAGGCAUACGCCGAGAAUGGAAGGCGUUACGGGAUAAGUUUAUAAACAUGAAACGAAGGUCCAAACUCGAACUGGGGGACGACAAGAAUCACAGCCUUCGCAGUGGCACAGGAAAGUAUAUUGCUUUAAUGGGUGAAUCAACUGCAGGCUUGGGCAAACAAUUCGACAGCGACUCGUCCAAUGUGCCAAAUGAUAUCAAUUUCGAAGGAGACGAUGAAAUGUUUGGAAGUUCCACGGAUACACACGACAUCCGCAAUCGGAUCGAACAUAAAGAUGUCAGAGCAAAUAUGAGCUCCGACUGGCCGAGCAUGAAUCCAAGAACACUGCGCAGCUUGGAUGAGGAGAAGAUUAAGCUAGUGCUGCUUCAGCAAGAAUUUUAUAAAAGUGAAAACCAACGCGCGCAGGAAAAACAUAAUCACGAAAUGCUCAAAGAGAAGAUAAGGCUGGACCAAGAAGUUCAAGAGGGAAAGCUACGAAUCGAAAUGAUGGAAUUGGAAAUACUUGAAAAAAGAGCCAGACUAGAUUUAUAAUAGAUAGAAUUUCAGGCUUAGUAACUAUGAAGACUAAACGACUUCGGAUUGCCGGAGAUAGAAUAUCCUUGCGGAUACUAAACCAUUCUUAGUGCAAUCUGGUUAACCUAAAUAGGUUAACUGCUAUUUUUGGCUCAAAGCAUCAUACCUUUUAUUAUCAAGUUAAUAUUAUUAUUUAAAUUACACUUUCGAUAGCAAGACAAUAUAAAUUUUAUAUAUACGACCGAUCGUUUCUAUAACAGUUUUUUGCUAUAGAAAUCUGAGUCGGCCGAUUGCGACAUUAUAAUGUACCGGUUAUCAGACGCAUUGGCUUAUAAUUUCGUUAAUC